AUGGCUCCUCAAGCUCCCGUAAGCUACGUCUCGCCAAGGGCACGAUUUGGCCUGAUUGUGCCGGCGACAAACACUGUCGUCGAGGCCGAGUUCAACUGGAUGACGGUCCCAGGCGUCUCGUGGCACAGCGGCAGGAUUGAGAUUUCAAAUCCCAAUCUCAACGAUGAUGAUACCAUGGUCAAGUUCCUCGAGCAGCUACGUGGCACGAUUGGAGCGGCCGUAGAGCGUGUGUGUUCAUGCUUGCCGACGUACAUGGUCAUGGGCAUGAGUGCGGAGACCUUCUGGGGCGGCCAAAAGGGCGCCGAGGAGUUUGAGCAGUUCAUGACGGAGAAGUCGGGUGGUUUGAAGGUCACUACUGGCGCCCUGGCGGCGCGUGCAGCGCUGGAUGCCUAUGGUGCGAAAAAGAUUGGCAUCAUUACACCGUAUCAGGCCGUGGGAGAUCAACAGGUGGUCGACUUCUUCACUCAAAUGGGAUAUACUGUUCACAUGAUCAAGGGACUACGCUGCGACACGGCCACGUCGAUUGCCGAAGUGCAUCCCGAUAUCAUCAAGGAUGCAUUCCGAGCGGUCAACGCACCGGAUGUCGAUGCUUUGCUCCAAGCUGGUACAAACCUACCUGCCGCAAAAGCAGCUGCCGAGAUGGAAGAGGAGCUUGGAAAGCCAGUCAUCGCCAUCAACACGGCCACCUUGUGGCAUGCGUACAGAACCAACGGUAUUCUGGACAAGGUGCAAGGCUUUGGAUCUCUGCUAGAGAAGCAUUAG